GAAAAGGUGGCCAGUGGCCUGCCAGAUCAGAAUUUGCUGUUUACUCUUUUGAUCUGACGAAAUCGAAUCAGAAUAAAAGAAAGCUCUGCAGUUCGUUCAUCGAGAGCAUCCAUAGCAAGAGGAAGCGACUGAGGUUGGCUCAGGUGAGCAACAUGGCGGAGAAGCUGACGCCGGAGCAGGUGGACGAGUGCAAGGAAAUCUUCGACCUGUUCGACGCCGACGAGGACGGUCGCAUCGCCACGGGUGAGCUCGUGACGGCGCUGUGCUCCCUGGGCCAGAACGUGGACGAGGCGAAGGCGCGGCGCUUCCUGGAGGACGCGGUCGCCACGGGCGCCGGCGACAUCGACCUCGCGGCGUUCCUGGCCGUGGCGGCGCGCAAGAUGGGCGCCAGGCAGUCGGAGGCGCGCCUCGCCGAGUGCUUCGACGUGUUCGACGACGCCUGCAGCGGGUCCAUCCCCACGGAGCAGCUGCGGCAGGUGAUGGUGAGCCACGGCGACCGGCUCACGGAGGAGGAGGGAUUGCGGCGGGGUCGCGGGCGAACGGACUGCGGCGGUUUUUGCAGCGGGCGGAGGGAGGCGGGGGCAGUCUACAAUAGAGACUUAAUAGUUAGUAGAGACUACCGCGCCAUGUCAGCACACCCUCUCGCUCUGCAGCGGUUCCCCCUAUACCAUUCCUUUAGGCUGCCCACACCGGAGAGCUGGAAAUGGAACCCGUAA